CGGCUCAUUCGCUGGGGCAGGAGGGGAGGGGGGAGCCUUGCGCAAAAGGGCACACUUUUCUGACUCUCUCUCUCUCUCUCUCUCUAAGAUUACUUUUCUCGCUCUAUAAAGUCUAAAGGUGGUGCUUUUCUCUCUUUCUCUCUCUAACUGUGAAACACUACACAGCAGGAGACUCAUCUGGUUCCAAUAUUAUUUUUUCUCAUUCCUUUUCUCCAAUGCACAUUAAUAUUUCGUAACAAAAACUAAAACAAAAACCGAAAAAAGUUGCAGAGAUUUUUCACGUCGAAUGAUACCCAUCGGAUGUUUAAUCAGACAAUCGGAAACCCGUAAAAAUGGCGGCCUCAGGAGAAAGCCUAGAGAGCUUCCUUUGUGGCGAAGACGCCAUGGACUGGGACACAAGCGACGACGCGUGGAGCUCUCCGAUUCCGGCAACUUUGCCUGAAAACUCAUUUUUACAGGUCGGUUUUCCGGAUGAACCAGAGGCCGACUUUGUAGCUUUGCUCAUUGAUAGAGAAACCCUUUAUUUGCCUCAAUCUGGUUAUCUUGAAAGGUUCAGAGACCGAACUCUGGACGCCUCUUCUCGCCAUGUCGCCAUUAAUUGGAUCCUCAAGGUCCAUACUUAUUACCGGUUUGGACCUUCAACUGCUUGCCUAUCGGUGAGCUAUUUCGACCGGUUUUUAUCGGCACACCAAAUUCGGCAUGGGAAUGGCUGGCCUUUUCAGCUUUUAUCAGUGGCUUGCAUCUCCUUGGCCGCGAAAAUGGAGGAAACAAGUGUUCCCUCUGUUCUGGAUUUGCAGGUCUGUGAACCCAAGUUCAUUUUUGACGCCAAAACAGUGAGAAGAAUGGAGCUUUUGGUAAUGGCGAUCCUCAAAUGGAGGAUGGUAUCAGUCAGUCCACUCUCCUUUGUCCACUACUUUUUGGGCAAGCUUGAUUUGACCUCAAAGCUUGAACCGAUCCUUUUUAAUGGCGUUUUCCAGCAAGUCACCGAGAUAAUUCUCAGCACAAAUCGAGUGAUUGAUUUCUUGGGUUUUCGACCUUCUUCAAUAGCAGCAGCAUCGGUCCUUUGCGCAGCGGAAGGAAGCUUGGAUUUCUCGCCGAAAAUUGAUGCAUUGCCUUCUCUUUUCGGCAAUGGCGUGAGCCAAAAUGAGAUCUGGAGUUGUUACAAUUUAAUGCCAGAGCUCCUGGUCCACGUCCUUAACAGGGCCUCCAUGGUCAAAAGCUUAAAAUUUAGAGAUCCAGAAGAGGCAAGAAUUCCUCAAAGCCCGAAUGGAGUUCUCGACAUUGCAGCUUGUGGAAGCUGUGACAGUCAGAAGUCUCUUGUUGAAAUCGCAGGCCCACCAUUGAAGCGUCCAAGACUGGGAGAUCAUUGUACAGAAGGAGCCAUAGAUACCAAUAUUAGUAACAGUUGAGUAAUGUAAAAAAAGGAACCCCAGAUUUUGAAGAUAAAAAGCGAACGAUUCAUGGUGGUUUUCUGCAAAUUUUUUUGGAAUCUUAGUCAAGUUUAUUUAUACGGAAGUUAAGUUAAAGAGCCGAGGUUUCCUAAGUUAAAUGAAAAGUCAAGAAAUUUAUCUAUUUAUCUCCUUUUUCUUGGGUUUUUUCAAUUCUUGUUCUUCGCUCUGUGCCUAUGUUAUUGGAAUUAAAUGAGAGAGAAGCCAUGUGCUUGACUUUGGGCCUA